CGUUGACAACACUCUGUCUCCAACACUUUGCUCGAGUCUGCUUUUAAUUUUGAGAAGGAAAAUGCAUCUCUCCUCGGCUCUGCAGCUGUGUCUGCUGGCGUCUGCCCUUCCUGCGCACGCAGCCACUUCUUGGGGGUUUAGUGAUGCCACCGUGUCAGUUCAGACCAAGGGUGCUGGAGUCGGAGCCGGUCUCAAAGAGCAAAUCGACAGCAGCAAACCCCUGGCGAACCCUGUCUCCCUCGGCGAUGCGGAUACGUUGAAGCUCACCUUGACGGCCGAGGAGGGAAACACCGCGAAGCGGCCACACCAGGCAUUUCUGCUGCUCAAGGAUGGAAGCGGGCUGGAUAUUUCGUUCCCGUUGAGCGUCAAGGAUAACGGCAAGGCUAGAUUGGAGCUUACCCAGAAAGACCUCCCUCUUCAGUUCCUGGCGGCAUCUGAACCCAUCGACGCCAAUCUGGUCAUCGGCUCGUUUGGUUCGGCGGGUGCAUACAACGGUCCGGCCUUCCAGCUGGCUGUCGAGCGCAACGCUGAUGAGCCGUUGCCCUCGUCCACCGCGGAGCGCUACGGCCAGCUGCCGGAGAUCCAUCACAUCUUCCGGUCGGAUGCUCGCAGCCCACCUGUGGUGAUCACGCUUGCCUUCGUCGCGAUGGCCCUCGCAUCGCUUCCUGUUCUUGCAGGCCUGUGGCUCUUCCUCGGCGCCAACCUCAACCACCUCCCCGCCGCCUUCAAGACAGCGCCCAUUCCCCACGCCGUCUUUGUCGGAGCCCUGGUUGCCCUCGAGGGCAUCUUCUUCCUCUACUACACCUCGUGGAACUUGUUCCAGAUGCUGCCUCCCGCGCUGGCUGUCGGUGCCGUCGCCUUUGUCAGCGGCAGCCGUGCGCUGAGUGAAGUGCAGGGUCGCCGCCUUGCCGGCUUGAGAUAGGUGCCCUAGCUGUCUGUCAGUUGUCAGCUGGUUAGCAAGCAUUCGGCGCCCAUGUACUACGUUCGCGGUGGAGUCAAGAGUAGAAAUGUAGAAUAGUACACAGUACACAGUACACAGUACAACAACAGUACAAGCAUAGCAAUCACACAACCAUAUAAGCAAAA